AUGGAUAUGUACCAACAUAUACUGAAAUCUUCUGAACAUCUUGUUUCACAAAAUGGUUCAAUAACAAAAAAGAAGAAAAAGUAUCGUGGUAAUAGAAAAUUACAACGUUUACGACGAAAAGAUCGAACCAAUGGAAUGUCUAAUCAAGCAAAUGAAAUGGUAAUGCUGAUUAGAAAAGCAAAUAAAUCAAUGUAUCCAAAUAUUCAACAAAUGGUGAAACCAAUAGAUGGAUCUUUUUUAGUAAAUACGAAUUAUCCAUAUGAAUAUCACAAUAGCGAAGAAAAUUUAGAAGUUGAUUCAACAAAUGACAUUGAUCAUAUUUGUACGAAUCCAUCACCAAUAGUUGCUCUACAAUCAUGUUUACUUCCAUCAGAUAUCUUAUUCGAUUCAAAUAUAUAUGAACCAAUUGUAUCAAAUGUCUGUCAGGAAAAAAUGAUCAAUAUUAAACAAGAAGAAAGAGAAGAAGACGAAAUAAUAGUACUAGAAUAUAAUAAUGAUAAUCAAAAUGAUAAUGAUCAGGAUUAUUCAAUGUAUGAAGAACAAUUCGAUGAAAUGACUCUUUACAAUAAACGAGAACAGGAAAUGCAAGAUCUUCUAGAAAUUAGUCGAGAUACUCAAUCUAUGGACGAUAAUACAGUUAAUAGUAUCGUACACAAAUCAAAUGGUAGAUUACAUACCAAAACAAUCGAGAACAAUAAUAAUCAACCUUCAAAUGAAUUACAAACAUUACCAUCAUCAUCAUCAUCAUCAGUCAUAGUAACAACAUAUCCUGAUCCACCUAUGAAUCAAACGGGUAGAAUUGCUCAUCAUGAUCAUUCUUAUACUAAAUAUGGUGAUCUUGACUGA